GGGGCACGACGGCAGCCGGCCACGCGAAGUUGUUCCGAGCACUCAAUAUUUCCAAGUGUAACUUUACCUGUCUCAACAUACGCGUGUUUUAUUAUUUAUCUGAAUAAACACAAUUCAUUAUCGUUACCACAAUUAAUAACCUCCCGCUUAUCUCCACCGUAAUUUAAAAUUAAAAAAAAAGUAUUAAAUAAAAAGUCAAAGUUAUAAAAACCGUUAGCUUCAUGUAAUACAGUGAAACUUUUUUAGUGUCGUGAGUGUUGUGAUGUGAAUAUUUGUGGAUUAACCAAUUUGUUACUCACUAUUAUUUUAAAUUUCCCGGUCUCGGUCCACCAAACUGUACUGCAGCAGAGGCGUAAAUGUGAUCGAUCCAUGGAGGAAACAUCGACAGGAUUUUGAUCUUCAAUGCAACAAUCAUGCAAUAAGCAAUUCUGCCGGGUACAGAAUCGUCUGAGGGCCCAGUAGUCGAAAUAAAAGUAAAGUCAGAGGCGUCACGAGUGACCUGGAUCGCAUGCAAUGUUGAAACGGCAAUUGUCUGAGUGAAAGUGUCGUGACCCGGGUGAGCCGGGCUCACCUCUUCCUUUUUAAAUUUCACAUUUGUUUUGUUUAUUUAUUGUAUUUGUUUUUAAAAUCUUCUUAUUGAGAAAUGCAUGGAAUUUCUAACGAUAAAAGCUACUGAUUGAAUCCGACGAGCGAGACGACAAGCCGAUUAACUAUGAAAGCUUACAAGAACCAGUUGAAAAUAUCUAAUGCAUAUAAUUUAAAGUUUGAUUGUAAAGUUGGAGAGUGACAUAGCGAGUGUGUGAAAGAGUAUGACGGACUAUUUGGAUUCACAUUUUGUCCGGGCGCUCUGCCGUGAUCCAGACAGAAGGACACUACAAGAUCUUCAAAUUAUUUACUAUGGACUUCUUGGACUGGAAGCCUUGCGACCUUGUAGAGAUUCGAUUUUACGAGAACUGUGCAAAGUUGUGCGAUAUGAAAGACAUUACGCUAAUCAUGUUCUUUAUUACACUGGUGAAUUGGUGACAAGCUGGUAUAUUCUGCUGUCUGGAUCAGUAUUCAUCGAUGGCUCGAUGUUUCUUCCUCGUUCAAGCUUUGGCAAGCGGACGGGUGGCAGUGCCAGGAGACCCAACGAGUGCUUCGUUCUCGAGCCCUCCGAGAUGAUUGUCAUUGACUACUCGGAAGUGCACGGAAGGAUGCAUCGACCUCCGCAUCCUCAUCCCAUUGCCGACCAUCGGCAGGUCAAUUUGGUCUUUGACGAUACGUUCGCCCCGGGCCUGACUGGCAGGCCGGAGCUGUACCAAAAGUCAAACAGAAGCAGCCAUUCGAGUGACACGAGCUCGGCGUACAGUGGAUCAGACACGAUGACAUCGGUUCAGGGAUCUUUGGACGCAGACAACGACGAGGUCGACUUCUCCGGCCUCGUCGAGUCGAUAGUAGACAGCGACGAGGAGGAAGAUCUCGCUGAGAGCAUGGAUAGCCUAACCGUUCGCGAUACCGUGCGCGAGUGCCUGGAAAAAGACCCGGCGGAGCGGACCGAGGAAGACAUCGAGAUCCUGCUGGAGUUCACGCAACAUUUAAAGGCCUUCACGAACAUGACCUUGGCCGUGAGACGUGCACUCUGUGCGGUGAUGGUAUUUGCGGUAGUGGAGAGCGCCGGGAUGAUUGUGCUGACUGAUGGGGAGGAAUUAGAUAGUUGGAGUGUACUGAUAAAUGGUGCUGUUGAAAUAGAACAUAGCAAUGGUGAAAUUGAGCAAUUGCAUCUUGGUGAUAGUUUUGGAAUUCUGCCAACAAUGGAGCGAUUGCUACAUCGAGGAGUUAUGCGAACCAAGUGCAAUGACUGCCAAUUUGUCUGUGUGACACAAGCUGAUUAUUUUCGAAUCCAACAUCAAGGGGAAGAAAAUACGAGGCGACAUGAAGAGAAUGGCCGGGUGAUUUUGGUAACCGAGUUAAGAGGAGCUCUUGACGGCGGAACCCGACGCGGACAUGUGGUGAUCCGCGGGACACCUGAACGGCUGAUGCUUCAGCUUAUUGAAGAAAACAGUAUUACGGACCCGACGUACGUCGAAGACUUCCUGCUCACCCAUCGGACGUUUAUCGACAGCCCGCUGCUGGUCGCUGAUCAAUUACUCGAGUGGUUCGCACAGCCACAAGUUAAAGAUCGCGUCGCACGUGUCGUACUGCUCUGGGUGAAUAAUCAUUUCACGGACUUUGAAACAGAUCCAGCGAUGAUGGAAUUUUUAGAAGCAUUCGAGGCAGGCCUUGAGCGUGAAAAAAUGCAGGGUCAGCAGAGAUUAUUGAAUAUUGCGUGUGCAGCGAAAGCAAGAACGCGUAAUAUAACACUUGCGAGGCCGAACAGAGACGAAGUGUUGAACUUCAGUAUACUCGGCGGCUACGAACGUGGAUUUGGGAUAUUUAUAUCCAAAGUUGACAAGCACUCGAAGGCCGAAGACGUUGGACUGAAACGUGGUGACCAAAUUUUAGAAGUCAAUGGCCAGCGUUUUGAGCACGUAAGUCACGCGAGGGCACUUGAAAUAUUACGUGGCUCAACGCAUCUCAGUAUUACCGUUAAAUCAAAUUUAUUGGCAUUCAAAGAAAUGCUACAGAUGCCAGACAACUCGCCACGGCCGCGUGGCAGAAUAAAUAAACCAGAAGUACCAAGAAUACCAACAGAUCCACGCGCGAGGCUGUCAACGCACGUGGAUCCUCUGACACCCGGUGGGCAACUGAAUCCGAUGGUCGGCGGGGUGCCUCUCCUGAUACCCGACAAUAACGGAUCGCCGUGCAAGGAUUCGAAAAAAGAGCACAAGGGAUUCAUGACACUGGGGCCAAAACGACGGUUUCAAAAAGCUCUGAUGAAAAUGAACAUAUUGCCAAAGAAUAUUAUCAACGACGGUAUGCAUGCUGAUGAUUCCCUGGCACCGCCUCACACGCCGCCAGGAACGGGACUCCAGAAUACCACAAAUCUUUAUCAUUCUCGCAGCAAUCCCGAUUUAACGUCGAUAUACUGUUACGAUGAUCUAAGAGCGCCAGAUUAUCCUGAACACGUACUAAAAGUUUACAAAGCUGAUCAGACUUGCAAAUAUCUCCUUGUCCACAAAGAAACAACGGCCCAUGAAGUUGUCAUGCUGGCACUGCAGGAGUUUGGUAUCACUGAAAGCAGCUCGAAUUUCUCGUUGGCUGAAGUAAGUGUCGCUGAAGGUGGAAUGAUUAAGCAGCGAAGGCUGCCAGAUCAGCUGCAGAAUUUGGCCGAGAGAAUAGGAUUGAGUUCCCGGUAUUAUUUAAAGACCAACGGUAUCUCCGAGACACUGGUCGCUGAUGAACAGGCGCCUGAGUUGGUCAGAGAAUCUCAAGUACAUUUUUUACAACUAAACGCCGUCGAAGUGGCCAUCCAGUUAACGCUCCAGGACUUUAGUAUUUUCCGUCAGAUAGAGUCCACGGAGUACGUCGACGAUUUAUUUGAACUCAAGAGCCGCUAUGGGGUCCCGAUGCUCAGUCAAUUCGCGGAACUAGUCAACAGAGAAAUGUUUUGGGUUGUCACGGAGGUUUGUUCUGAACACAACCUCGUCAGACGGAGUAAAAUAAUAAAACAAUUUAUAAAGAUAGCACGUCAAUGUAAAGAAUGUAAAAAUUUCAAUUCCAUGUUUGCUAUCGUCUCGGGACUUGGCCACGGCGCAGUAUCACGUCUGCGCGCUUCGUGGGAAAAAUUGCCCAGUAAAUAUCAAAGAUUAUUUAGUGAUCUCCAAGAACUUAUGGAUCCAAGCAGAAAUAUGAGCAAAUAUCGUCAGCUGGUUGCUUCUGAACAGACACAGCCUCCAAUAAUUCCAUUUUAUCCGGUCGUAAAAAAGGAUUUGACGUUCAUCCAUCUGGGAAAUGAUUCGAGAGUCGAAAAUCUCGUGAACUUUGAAAAAUUGCGUAUGAUCGCCAAGGAAGUGAGGGCACUGACAAAUAUGUGCUCGUCGCCGUACGAUUUGUUGACGAUGCUCGAGCGCGGGGGACAGCCUCCCAGUUCCGCGAUGGUCGCGCUCAAUCAAAUGACGACGGGCAAUCAGGGCGGGCAGACGGCGACAGUAAAGCGACGCAAAAAGUCCGCAGCGGCGCCAAAUCCGAAAAAAAUGUUUGAAGAAGCUCAGAUGGUGAGACGGGUCAAGGCUUACUUGGCCAACAUGAAGGUCACCACAGAUGAGGAACGUUUGCACGCUUUGUCAGUUGACUGUGAGCCACAUGCGGGCGCGGUAGCUAUCGCUGCGGCAGUUCCUCUGUCAGGAAGUCGAGGUAGACGGCAUCCCUCACCCACACUCUCUACCACUAGUAGUGCCAGUAGCACCAGUGAAGGCAGAAAAAGUAUACAAGGUACAAAAUUCGGAGCAGCGUCUCCACAAGCCGUACGAAAGAUGCUGGCUCUGUCAGAUCCACACAAAACCCGACCUUACCAACCCAAACACUGUCCCGUGCUUCCAGUACCAGGCCUGGCUCUGCACUCGAGUGGACUGGAGCCGAGUCCCGGUGCGCCCAGAAGAGUAGGCUCUGGUAGCCGUAUGCCGAUGCACGAAAGGUCACACAGCGAUACACCCUCGGGUUUGCCAGCUCCAGUUGAUCUUAGCGCUGAAAGCAGCAGUGUCACUAGUCUUAGCAAUUUACAACCUUUGAGAAAGACACUGACUAGUGGUUCGGUGACGAGCAGUGACAGUGGUCACAGUACACAGUUGGAUAGCCACAGCGGGAGCAGCGUCGAAGCUGGUGGGAGCCCUCCACCGCCCCAGAGACGGCAUUCAUCAAUGCAAGGAUCGGUCCGAGGUGGAUUGCCUCCGUUUCCCCACGCAGUAGCAGUGCUACCUCCGCUUCCAAUCAACCAUACGCAUAAUCAUCAUAAUCAACAACAACAACAUCAUCAUCAUCAUCUCCAUCAACUUCAACAUCAUCAUCAUCAUCAUCAACAAUCCCAACCACCGCCGCCACCCCCUCGAGGUUGCACAGGAGCUGGUAUGGGACUUGGAUCAGGACUGCCGGGGCCGAUGCACCAUAGCGCCGGCACGACUUCCUUUAUGCUCGCCGGGAAUAAUUCGAUGAUCCAGCGGUCAGCUGUGGCAGGUCCUGGCCAGUGUCGGCAGCCACCGGCGUACAAAGUUGCCGCUCAGAUGGCGAGAUUACACAGGCUAGGUCGUGCCCACAGCCACGAAGGAGUCACUUAUCGCACCAGCCACGAAGAUGAUGACGACGAAGCUCAAGUGUCGGCAGUGUAAAUCAUCGAUCUGCAAUCAACAAUUAAAGACCACUAAUUGAACCAGUUAAUCCUGACCGUCCUUCAUUUGUUUGUUUGUUUAUAUUUUAUUAUUUUAUACUAAUUAUUUUUUACUAUUUAUUUUUUUUACUCGAUUGAGUGGAUGAGUAGUCAGACGAGUGAACGGAUGGACAUAUCUAUGAGUGAUUGUAUAAAAUUGAUAAGAGAAUUUAACAAGAGUAUAUAUAUACAAAUAUAUAUAUAUAUACAUAUUUAAAAAUUAUAAAAAAAAAUGCGAAUAAAUAAUAACCGCAUGUUAUUUAGUGCUUCCUUGUACUCCGGACCAUAACACGCAUUGAUCUAUUAUAUUUCCUGUGUGUCACGUACCCGACAAUUCAUCAUAUAUGUACAUGAAUAUAUAUUACGACUAAUGUGUAUUCAUUUAGAUAAUUACGGGCGAGUGAUUUAAGGAAAGGGAAUGCCUACAAAAGUAUGAAAAAAAUAAAUAAAUAAAAUAAAAUAUACUGAUUGCUUUUACUCUAGUACUGAAUAAAUAUCAAGACGAACAAAUUUAAAUCAGUUUGAAAUUCAAAUUGAUUUGUCUAAUCAUUAUAUUAUUUUAUUUUAUUUUAUUUUUUUUUUUUAAUGAACGUUACUUUUAAUUAUUAAUAAUGAAACGUUUAAAUAUAUGAAUAUAUAUAUACAUAUAUAUGAGCGUAUAUAUGUAUAUAUAUAAAUGUGUAAUAAAUUGAAUCCAAAGAUGUUAAAUAUCCUUUUUAAAUGCCGUUAAAUAAUUAAUCGGCGUCUGUAUUAUAUUAAUUUAUAAGUUAGUUUAUAAGUUUAAAGGAAUGAAAAAAUUAUAGUGUGUAAGUUGGUGUAAAUAGAUUAGCGUAGAAUUAAGCUGACAUAAAUACUGAUUAUUAUUAUUAUUAUUAUUAUUAAUAUUAUAUGAAAAGAAUGGAACAAAAUAAUAAAGUAUGAAAGCCUAGUAAUGGCUUCUUAUUUAAUUUUUUUUUAAAAUGAAACGAAAGAUUAAUUUAAUAAGUGAAAGAAAAAAAAUAUGAACGAAAUUAAAGUCCUUGGUUUAAUAAUUAAUGAUAUUUAAUAAUUAAUAAUUAAUGAUUAAUGAAGAUGAGUGUAAAAUUAUUAUGAAAUUAAUAAUUUUGGUUACGUAUACGAUUGUUUAAAUUUAACGGACCUAAUUUUUGUCCGCAUGUUUGAGGAGUGAUUACGUCGAGAACGGUGUCCACUGUUAAUAUUAUUAUUGUUGUUAUUAUUUGCUUUGUUUAUUUUUAAGUGUCUAGUUUGGAAACGGUGUUUAUGGAUUUAGAAAGUUGUAAUGGAUUAUAAACUGCGGCAGUUAUUGUUAAUAUUUUAAUGCAAAUAUCGGAAACGAUUUAAAUUAUAUUUGCAUAAUAAUUGUAGGCGUUUUGAGUGGUAGUUUAUUUAUAAUUUUUUAUUCUGUGAAAUUUAAAUCUGAUUGUUGAUUAUAUCACAGUUAGUUAACAUAUUUUAAUUACAAACCGUGGAAUUACUGAUUCAGUUUUAAUUAUUAAUCAUAAUCAUAAUUUAAUUUGCCGCCAUUUUUUUGUUACACGAAAAAAAAUUUCAUCUGUAGAGACCUCGUUUUUUUUUAUUACCAGGAUAUUUUUGAAACUAAAGUUCUGUGUAGAUUUAAAUGAAAAAAAAAAUCAAGUUCAAAUUUUGAUUUUGAAAAUAUUUUUUAAACUUUUGGUUUAAAAUUAACAGAAAUUUAUUGGAGCCAAUGUCAAUUUACUGACUGAUUAAAUUUUCAUUAUUAAUCGUAAUCAUAAUUUAAAUUGCCGCCAAUUUUUUGCUACACAAAAAAAUGUCAUUUCUACAGGGACCUAAUUUUUUUUUUAUAAUUGAGAUAUUUUUGAAACUGUAAAGGUCUGUAGAUUUAAAUGAAAAAAAAUAUGAGUUCAAAUUUUGACUGAAAAUAUUUUUUAAACUUUUGGUUUUAAAUUUACGGAAAUUUAUUGAAGCAAAUGUCAAUUUAAUGACUGAUUAAAAUUAAAUGUGUUUUCAAAAGUCCUAAUUUCGAAUCAUGUGUAAGCAUGAGCUGUCUAAUUACUGAUACAUUUAAUUACAAAAAAAAUUACAAUUUGAAUUUAUUCUCAAAAUUCUUCAAUCAGAAAAUUUUAUUCUGACAUCAAGACUCGACUUCUAUUCAAAUAAAAAAAAUAAAAAUGAUUCAAAAUUUGUAUAAAAUACGAAUAUAAAGUUUAAAAAAAAAUAUGAGGGCCAUUAAUUAAGACACUUAAUUAAAAUUAAGUUUUCCCACUAGACACUUAUAUAUAAUUAUCAUAUUAUCUAAUUUAUCAUAAAAAAAAAAUAUAUAAAAUGUUCAUAACACAGCGCACUUUGAAUGUCAUAAAUAAAAAUGAUAAAUAAUAUGACUUGAAAGGACACUGUUCGACUAGUCGAUACGCCUAUAAAUAUAUAUAAAUAUAUAUAUACAUCCUGGAAUAUUAAAAAAUCAACAUAUUAAAUUAAUAAAUAUAUAUCUCUGUACAUAUCUCUAUUCAUCUUCACCGCAAAGUAAAAAGUAAAUAUUGAAUUUCUGUCAGUAUGAAACGUCAUUGAUUAUAUUAAUAUAUAUUAAUAUUUAAUUGUACAGAUGUAAUUUAAAUUCUAUUAUUAAUAAUACUCUAAUAAUAAUAAUUAUUAUUAUCAAGAGUUACAGCGACUAAUCGCUUUUAAUUUCAUUCCAAAUGCAUUUAUUAUUAAAUGACUUUUGAGUAUUGAAAUAAAAUAAUUUUUAAAAUUAAACUCAUCGUUCAAUAUCAUUGAAACAAUAAUAAUUAACAGAACAUCCUUCGCAAAAUAUUUUUAACGAUUAAAAAAAAUAAAUUUAUAAAAUUUAUUAUCAAAAAUGUCAGCCAUUAUUUUAAUUGUAACAAAAAUGAACAGUAUCUUUUAUAAUUAAUGCCGAUGCAAUCAAUGACGACGUUCCUCUAUACAUAUUAUAUAUAAAUAAAUAUAUAUAUAUAUAAAUAAUUAUUUAAAAGUAUAAAAUACGUGUCGAUAAAAAUAAAAAUCCGUAGAAUGCGAAUUAAUAUGACUAAGGGAUAUAUUUAUAUGAAUAUAGACAGGUUAUAUUAUUAAUUAUUAUUAUUAUUCUUCCACACGUUUUUAUUAAUUAUUAUUAUAUUAUUUAAUUUAUAUAAAUGCCUGUUGGUUUUAUUUAUAACAAUCAAGCGACUAGACGACAGUAACUAUCAAAAAGAUAUUUAAAUAAACACAAGAUCUUUUGUAUUUAAUUUGUUUAAUAAAACUCAAAUCAUAGUACAA